CGGCGUCGACUUGUUGCCUUUGUGAACUGCUACCUUCUCAAAAUGCUUGACUUCCUCAAUACUUUCGUGACUCGGGCGGAAACUGCAAUUUUGGAGGCGGAUCGAAAGCUUCGGUCUGCCGAUACCAAGCUUAAGAUACUGGAGGCAAAGGGAGAUUUAUCAGAGGCAUCAGGAGAAGCCGUAGCAUCUGUUACGAACAGCAAUGAAAGUGAUGAACCUACAAAAUCUGUAGUACUCGUUAAAGACGAUCCAGCCUUCACAAAGUAUUUCAAAAUGCUAAAAUUGGGUGUGGUGGAGGCCGCGGUUAAAUUAAAAAUGCAGUCUGAAGGAGUUGACCCAUCGCUUCUUGACCAACCAUGUGCACCUUCACCGAAUACUGCCGAUACUCCACCGUUGUCUCUCAAUCCUGGUGUACGUCGAGGUCGCUCCGAAUCUUCAUCGGUGUCGUCGUUUAGUGAUUCUGAUUAA